CCAGCCCUGUGAACCUGACAGUGGAAAGACAGGCAAGCGGGAUGGCACUGCGGUUUGAGGCAUCUUGCCCAGAGGGGAUCUGUCCAGGCUGGAGUGUGACAGUGAAAGGUGAAACAACCUCCAGCACCAGCAUGUUUGAAAUUAAUUUCCUCUGUGAUCCAGGGGACCGUAUCGCUUUCCACUUGAAUCCCCGCUUCGCCGACUCCAAGAUCUUCUGCAACUCCUUCCUAGCCAGCCACUGGGGGAAGGAAGAAGUGACGGAUACCUUCCCCCUAGCAGCAAAAGAGCCAUUCCAGAUUGAAAUCUACUCUGACCAAGACUACUUCCAUGUUUUCAUUGAUGAAAACAAGAUCCUCCAGUUCAAGCAUCGGCAGAAACAACUCUCGUCUAUCACCAAGCUGCAGAUUCUCAAUGACAUAACAAUUUCUGCAGUGGAAAUCACCAAACGAGCCCUUUAUUAGAGACCGAAGCUAGGACAGACUCACCUAUCUGCUCACCAUUAAGUGCCCUGCUCUACUAGAUAGCCUCUCCCCUUCCUC